UUUUUAACCAGUCUCAUGCUAUAUUUCUCCUUAUGUUCCAGUAAUGAAUAAUUCGUAUCAAGUAGUAAUAGCAAAAAGGUCUGAGAAACAAGUCGUGGAAAGCGACCUGGACAGAACACCUUUUAUUAGGUGACUGAAGUGAGCACCACCCCUUUCCAAAUCCAUUCAGUUGCGUUACCAGCUGAGUCAAGAGGGCACACUGAUGGACACAGAGCUGAGGAUGCAAGUGCAAACUGUGCUGUAGUGCUGGAGAGGUGAAAAAAAAAGUGUCGCAACAUUUCCCCCUAAUACUGUUCUUCAUAAGUUUUUGGAGAGAUCUGAGUAUCUCGGUGUAUCCAGACUGUGAUUCUUCUGAAACGCCCUCGAUAGUACGCGGUAGUUCCAUCAGCCUGCAUUUUGCUGCAGCUGCGACUCCUCAAUGAAGCUCAUUGUAACGACAACACGUUGUUAGGGCAGCCGAGCCGAGUGAGCAGCGCAGUGAAUGUAAUCACACUGAGCGGAGAACGGAGCUGCGUGUCGGUGGCAUCGUCCGGCUGUGCGAGAGCAGGGCAGACGAGUUCUAACGAGCGACACGGUGAGAAGACAGCAGCUCUGUGACAGUGACGUAUGCUCUUCAUGCUGGGUGCUGUGGAGUCCGAUCAAGCCCACCAUUUGAUUCCAGACUGGAACUUUGUGAGAGACACAGAAAAGCCCGAGUCAAACUUGGAACAGUGCCUGUGCUGAGCUUCUUCCAGACACUGCUGGAUUUCUAUUUUGUCCCAAGCGAUUCGCAGACUACUUCUUUUUUUCGAAUUUCAUUUCAUUUUGUUUCUUUUUAUUUCACACUUGUCCAAAUGAAGCCAGACAGGCCCCUUAUCUGGAGUGUGAUCAGCCAGACAACCCUACUGUUGGUAGCCCAGUGGGAGCUGGGAUGCUCUGGGAUGACUCUAAAUGCGGUUCCUCUCCCACGGGCCCCUCGCCUGUCCCACGGGGCCGGCGCCGGAGCGCUGGCCCACAGGCAGAAGCGCAGCUGGGUGUGGAAUCAAUUCUUUGUCCUGGAGGAGUUCACAGGUGAUGAACCGCUCUACGUUGGCAAGCUGCACUCUGAUGUGGACAAAGGCGAGGGGAAGGUGAAGUACGUGCUCAUGGGGGAGGGCGCCAGCUCCAUCUUCACCAUCGACGAGGACACGGGAGACAUCCACGCCAUCAAGCGCCUCGACCGCGAGGAGCAGGCCUACUACACGCUGCGGGCUCAGGCGGUAGACUACGGGACCAGCAGACCCGUAGAGCCCGAGUCAGAGUUUGUCAUCAAGGUCCAGGACAUAAACGACAAUGAGCCAAAGUUCCUGGACGGACCGUACAAUACCAGAGUGCCAGAGAUGUCCCCUGUUGGCACAUCUGUGGUCCAAGUGGUGGCAACAGAUGCAGAUGACCCCACAUAUGGGAACAGCGCUCGAGUGGUUUACAGCAUUCUGGAAGGACAGCCGUACUUCUCUGUGGACCCCAAAACAGGGGUCAUCAGGACAGCCCUUCCUAACAUGGACCGGGAGGCACGGGACCAGUACCUGCUGGUCAUCCAGGCCAAGGACAUGGUGGGACAGAUGGGCGGGCUCUCCGGCACCACGUCUGUGACGGUGACUCUGUCGGAUGUGAAUGACAACCCACCGCGCUUCUCCCGCAAAUCCUAUCAGUUUUCGGUGCCAGAGUCUCUGCCCGUAGCAUCAGUGGUGGCCAAGAUAAAGGCCCUGGACUCCGACGUGGGCCCAAACGCGGAGAUGGAGUACAGAAUUAUAGAUGGCGAUGGCCUUGGGAUGUUCAGGGUCUCCACUGACAAAGACACACAGGAGGGCAUCAUCACUCUACUUAAGAACUUGGAUUUUGAGACUAAAACCACCUACUCCCUGAGGAUUGAAGCAUCCAAUCGACAUCCGGACAGCAGGUUCCUGAGCCAAGGGAUGUUCAGCGACACAGCGAUGGUUCGGUUAAUUGUGGAGAACGUGGAUGAGCCACCAGUGUUCUCCUCAUCACUUAGCAAGAUGGUGGUCUCCGAGGCCGCCAAGGUUGGAACCAUAGUUGGGACUGUGUCAGCCAAUGACCCAGAUUCUACUAACAGUCCCAUUAGGUAUUCAAUAGACCGCAACACGGACCUGGAACGCUUCUUCAACAUUGAGGCAACAACUGGAAUUAUCAGCACUGCUAAGUCGCUGGACAGAGAGGUCAACGCAGUGCACAACAUUACCAUCCUGGCCAUCGAAAGCCUGGACCCGGCUCAAGUUGGAAAAGGAGUGGCCCUGAUUACAGUGAUGGACAUCAAUGACAACGCCCCCGUCUUUGCCAUUGAAUAUGAGACUUUCUUGUGCGAGGGCUCCAGCCCUGCUCAGGUGAUCGAAACCAUAAGCGCAGUGGAUCGAGACGAACCACCCAGCGGACAUCGCUUCUUCUUCUCUCUUGCUGCUGAGGCUGCUGGCAACCUGAACUUCACCUUGAGAGAUAAUAAAGACAACACAGCCUCCAUCUUGACCAAGCGCACCGGCUUCCAGCGGAGGCAGCAGUCUAUGUACCGGCUGCCGGUGCUCAUCGUGGACAGCGGGACGCCGGCCCUGAGCAGCACCAACACCCUCUCCAUCCGCGUGUGCGAGUGCGACGGGGACGGCUCUCCCCAGUCCUGUGGGACAGAAGCCUUCAUGCUGUCAGCCGGCCUCAGCACCGGCGCUCUCAUCGCCAUCCUGGCGUGCAUCCUCACCCUGCUGGUGCUGGUGUUGCUAAUUGUGAUGAUGCGGCGGCGGAAGAAGGAGCCGUUGAUCCUGGACGAGGACCGGGACGUGCGGGAGAACAUUGUGCGCUACGACGACGAGGGCGGCGGCGAGGAGGACACGGAGGCCUUCGACAUGGUGGCCCUCCGCAACCUGAACGUGGUGCGCGACAGCAAGUCCCGCCGAGACGUCACCCCUGAGGUGACGACGCUGUACGCGCCGCGGCCCCCGCCCUACAAGGCCGUCCCGGCAGAUAACAACGGCAUCUUCCGGGAGUUCAUCUGGGACCGGCUGAAGGAGGCGGACGUGGACCCCACAGCGCCUCCGUACGACUCCCUGCAGACAUACGCCUUCGAGGGCAGCGGCUCGGUGGCCGAGUCCCUCAGCACCCUGGAGUCCCUGAGCACAGACUCGGACCAGAACUAUGACUACCUCAGCGACUGGGGACCGCGCUUCAGGAAGCUGGCUGACUUGUAUGGUCACACUGAUGGCAGUAAUAUAUUCUCCUCCUAGCUGGGGGUUGUGUCUAGGGUUUUUUCUUCUUUUUUUUUUUAAGUCCUUUCUGCCUGACCUUCAACAUGAAGCUGAAGCUGAAGGAGAAGAAGAACGGUUCAGAUGGGAAUGAGAAUAUUAUGAAUAUUUCAACUUAUUGUGGAACAAAAAUCUGUCUCAGUGUCGAAAUCCAACAAGCACACAAGAGAUAUACGUGGGAGUGAUAUAGGAAGACCCUUUUUUGAGCACUUCAGGGCUUUUGUCAUGGCCUGACUAUUAACAACAAUAAUUUCACAGAAAAGGGACAACGGACUUUGGAUUUUGUUUAUAUAUGAAACACUUGAAAAUAACAUGAAAAUGGAAGAACUUUGUGCACAAUUGAAGCUAAGUGUCACAUCUAUCAAAGAACCUUUCAAUGGAGUGAGGUGCACUGCAGCACAUUACUUUCAUCUGGAAGGGAUGUACUUGAGUCCUCUGGUCCAUAGUCCUGUGGUGACCAAAACAAAAACUGUGCCACCUGCCAGUCCAGUGGUCUUGCCGUAACGCCCUCCUCAGUCCGUAUCAGUGUCUCUUUAUUUCCACAAGUAUUUCAAUCAUUUGUGGAUCUUUGCUUCUUGAAAAAAAAAUAGGUAUCGCAAAUGAUAAAUUAUACAACUGAACUGUCUUAACAAGAUGUUGUCAUCCCAACACUGCUCCCUAAACAGGCCUUUUACAAGAAUCACAGCCGGGGCUGUCAGGCUACAUGUUUAAAGGCUAAAGCUCCAGCGGAGGCUUUAAUGUUGCUCAAGGUGUUCUUAAGUCUCCCACCAUUACUGCAGAUUAAGCAAAGACCAGCCUCUUGCUGGGGGAGUUACGGUAGGGGGGCGCCAUGCAACAUGCAGCGGCAUGCAUCAAAACAUGGUUCCGAGGACUGCCUCCCCGGUUCUCUAAUGAAUGAUAUGGUGGCACUGAAAGACCCUGAUACCGUUUCCUACAGGUGUGUUUCUGGAAUGGAGAGCUGGAACGGGUGGCUUGUGUGUGUGUGUGUGUGUGGGGGGGAGGGGCUGUAGGUUUGGAGCGCUGUCUGAGAGGAUUGCUUGGUGUCAUGUUGGGCUUUCUUUGUAAGGCUGCUUCACUAGACUCUGUGCUGAGUAAACAGUGGAAUAUGUUGAAUAUAGUUAUGAGUAUAGUUUUUAUUUCUAAAAAAUAAAUGUAAUAUCGAGCAGCCGAGAGCAGCUAAGCUGUCUGUAAUGAGUGCAUUCAGUUCCAGUUUUUCUUUUCUCUGAAAUAUUGAUAUGGAGUCAGAGGGUAUUUUUGAUUUACAAUAAAAACAGUAUUUAUAAAAUCCUCAAAGGGAAUAUCUUCAUAUGUAGAAUGUAAGAAGUGGCCGUAAAAAAUAUUGCCUGACGAAUAGUGGACAGAGACUUUCACUGGCUCAUCUUUUUAAAAUCUCCUAAUGGAUAAUAUUAUUAAUAUACUGUCCCAGCAGUCAUUGAAAUAUGACCCUAUGCAUAAGUAUAUUGGGUACUUAGAUAUUUUCUAUGAAGUCAUGCUUUUGAAGUGAGUGCACAACCAGUGAAUUCACUGGUGUAAGCAACCACUGAGUUUGAUGAAUGGGGUGAGCCAUGUCCGAUGCUUAAAAGGCCUUAGCUAAAUUAACCCCUGAAAGCGAUUUGAUGGAUGAUUCUGCUGUGUUACAGAGCAUAAACAUACAUCCACAAACAUGCUCGCAGAGGUGAACAUGGCUCAACUCCCAGCUCUGGUUUGAAAUACAAGGACAGAGAUGAAAUUCAAGCUGUUUGCUUAUAGACACGUAGUAUCUCUCAAGCAAAAUAAUAAAAUGCUUUGCUUUCAUAGUCAUGUUGAAAACUGUCAGUCGUGUCAAUUCCAUCAAGUGUAUUGCGCUGAGAAAGGCUUUUUAGGGAUUCAUUCUCUGCUGGGCUUUAAAUACAUGCAGAGCAAACAUUCUAGUGCUAUUAAAGAAUGCUUUUGACCUCGACAGCACUGUUUGUGUCUCAGACCCCGAGGCAUUAGCUCAUUUCUUGACAAAAAAGUAUUUAUUUUACGCUUCAAGUUCAUUUCUGAAUGUGCAAGUGUGAACCACGGGUGAACCACACCUAAGAUUUGUGUGUCUGUACAAUUCAGACAAACACUUUGGAACUUAAAAACAUUCAAAGUUAUUAUGUCGCCAUUAUUGCUAUCCUUGUUAUUCCUGCAUUCAUUAUCUUUGACAGAAAGUGCAUCUCACUCCAUUGCCGAUGCUUCUCCUUAAUGAGCGCCAAUGAUAAUGUAGUCAUUUCACAACCACAGUGGGGAUAAUGAAGAUUGAGGAUAUUGUCAGUGAAAGUCUGGGAAUGUCCUCAUGUUGUAAAGCAAAUGUAAUUAUUUGUUAACUGGCUCCUCUAAAUGAAAACUAAAAGGGCAAUCGAAAUCUCAUUAGAUUUUGGCACUAAGUAAUAAUAAAUACCAUUUCAAUUAAGGGAAUUGCCGAGGAUUAGCCGCAGUAAGCAGACACAGCAAACUAAGAGGGGGCUUCCCCUUGGGGCGGAAGGACCAGACCCAAAAUAUCCUUGCAGGGAGACAUUUACAGCCACUUAAUAAUCACAUGCACAGUCCAUCAACUAUGGCGCUUACUUAGAGGCACGGGUCUCUUUAAAAGGCCGAGAGGUUUGCCAUGAGACAUCGCACUGCAACUAAUUAACCCCCAUCAUGCUGUUCUUGACUUUGAGAACAUGCCACAUUUUUCCUCUUUUUGUUUCCAGCCGGACCAGUGGUCCUGAAUCACGCAUGCACAGAGUUGAAAAUGACAACACGUCACUUGGAAAGAUCGCUCCACACUUUGACUUUGUGUCGCGGCGGACACAGUGUCCUGCCACAGGGGGAUCAGUCAGACCAGCUCUCUGUCUCAAUCCACAUCAAAACCCCCCAUCUACACUCACCAUGGCUUUCCUAAACAGACAGUUCACACAUCAGUAACUGAUGUUGGAGAAAAAGUAGGGAGACGGGCAGUCACUGGCAGAGGUGACAGUGAGGACUUCAACCUUAGUAUUUUGUCAAAAAUGUAUAAUGUACAGUGUUAUUUUCUUGUUUUUUUUGUAUUGUUCCUGAAUUGAGAUUGUUGCUUAUGUUCUGGUAGCUUGUGUGUCCCUGGAGAUCUUAAGUGGCCUUUCCUGUUCCAGCAGAGGAGACAGAAGACCUGAAUGGAGGGAGAGCAGAGCGUCAACCCCUCAGCCAGGCAGACAAUCAGUGCCCCAGGUUCAAAAAGCUCCGCAAGUUUGGGCAGAGAGGGAAAGAAACAAUUUUUGUACAGGACAUUUCCAAAAAUAAAAAAAAAUAAAAAAAUUGCUCUUGACUGAAAGUCAUAUGUAUAAUUUUCAAUAAAGAAAUAAA